AACACAAACGAAGAAGAAGACGGAAGAGGAAGUGACGUCACGGAGGAUAGUUAGCAAAACAAGUUGGCUAUUGCUAAGUGGUAUGAUAUUUCAUUGACAUUUAACCAAAGUAUUCCUUCAACAUGAGUUCUCCAGAGGACAGACAUGGAACAAAACGACCAGCGUCUCCAAGUGAAGAUGGGUCUACCCAGUGGGCAACAGCUGAUCUGGGAAGCAACGAAAGGAAGCAGAAGUUUUUACGUUUGAUGGGUGCUGGCAAGAGAGAACACACCGGGCGCCUUGUCAUUGGUGACCACAAAUCAACAUCCCACGUCCGCAGCGGGCAGGAAGAUAAAAAGAUCAACGAGCAGCUAGAGCUGCAGUACCAGCAGGGCAUGGAUGGGAAGCUAUCGGGUCGGAACCGGAGGCACUGUGGGCUGGGUUUCACUGAGUCCGACUCGUUUCCCUCCCCACCAGUGGACAGUCAGACAGAAGCAACUGAACCAGAGAAGUCCACCAGCGAAAAAGAACUGACACAUGCCGAGGACAAAGGCUGUGAUCCUAACCCAGAGGAACCAACCUCAGACCAGACAAAGUCCAGCUCAGACAGUAAGAACGGUGACCGGAAACACAGCUACAAAAUGGCCUUUGUGAAGUCAUCGUAGGUGUACAGGGAGGAAUUCGUUUUUUGUAAUCUCAAAUUUGUACCUGUUGGUGUUACUUCUGCCUCUUUAAGCGAUCACUCAUCAUUUCAGUCUUUUUUACUGUGCUGAAAGGGAUUCUCUACAGGAGCGCUCAUCAUCAGGCAGCAAGUCGGUGUGCAUGUCGUCAGAGAAUGAAGUCUGUAGGUUAAAAUGUCAACCUUUGGUUGAAUGGUGUUACGUUAUGUAAAGGUGGCAAAUUGUGCGAUUUUUAUUUCGUUUGAACAUUUUAACAGUCAUUUGUCACAGAUUGUUUUGGAUAAUGAUUGAUUUAAUUCAGCAUGAUUGGUAUACAUGUUGUACAUUUUGUGGUUUCUUGUUUGAAAACCAAUAAAAGGAAACAUCGGUC